GUCACUGUCAACCCCUGUCAACCCUCUGUCAGAAGUCAAAUCAACCCUAUCUAGUCCGUGUUCUUUUAUUCUAAACACUUGGCCAUGGUUUGAAAUCCUCGUUCUCUCGCAGGUUAAAAUUGUAAGCGGCUGUGAGAAGGGUUUUUAUUUCAAUUCAAGACUGAUCGUCGUCACCAUGCUAUUAUUGAAGUGAUAGAGCUAUCCGAUGUUACGCUUUCAUGUUUCAACCCGUUCAUUGUGGCCUGAUUAGAAAAACCAUUUUAAUUUCAUUUCGGAACUCCUUUAAACGCUGUACUUCUUUUUUCUGCCUAAUAUAAUCGAUAAAUUCAGCAAGCAUUACUGCCUUUUAAUGUAUAUUUCUGAAAGAUGUAUCUUCUAACCCGCGCCAUUGUUACGGGGGCUCUGAAGGGUGCAAGCGUCGUCUGCUUCGAGUCUGCUAAUUCACAAACAAACAGCAACCAGACGGACCCUGCGUUGUGGAGCUGAUGGGCGAAGAAUGACAACUUAGGUUUUUUGAAAAGAUUGAUCGGAAGAGUCCAAGUAAAAUGUCUCUUGCGGAGUGCCGAGAUAUUAACGGGCUCCAUGUUAAGCAUGGCCUUAUGUAUAUGGCUGGUCCAGGUGAAUGUCACCAAUGUGUUUGUGAAAACGGAGUGCCAAAAAACUGUCAGGAUGUAAUGUGCCACCAACCUCAGAAUUGCUCAACUUUUAGAAAAGGUGCUCGUUGCUGUGAUUUUGUUUGUCUUGAUGACCUGUCACCUGGUAAAAAUGAUGUUAUUGGCUUAGAGGGGGAUUUUGGUCUUCGCCUCAUAGCAUCUGUCAUCACAGCUGUUUUGUCAUUUUCUCUUCUCUUCUUUCUUGUUCAUCGCUUACGCCAAAGAAAAAUUCGCUCUGGUCGUCAAAAUAGGCAGUUAAGUGAAGAUGAGCGUAGUUUGGGCAGUAUUGGCUAUAUUACGGGUUCCUUGGGAUAUUUGCCUGGAGCCAUGGAAAGAUAUGAAGAACCAGCUGCCCAUUUUCCCCAUUAUCCUCUGUGGAAGCCGCCUGGUAACUAUUUUCCACGUGGGGAGGCUCCUCCUCCUUAUGAAGAAGCAGUUGCUGCCACUCGAGCUGAAGCUUUGGCAGCAGCCAUGGCAGGUGGUAACUUGCAUACAAAUCCUUCAAAUUUUGGUCGAGAUGCGCUCUUAGGAGUAAACUAUAACACCUAUGCAACAGGAAAUUUAUUGGGAACCACAACUCAUCGAACAAUACCAAUAAAUCUUGCCACAAGUGCAAGUUUUACAUUACAACCAGAACGUUUUGAUGAAAAUCCACCUAAUACUUCAUGUGUCUCAGUUGCUACUGGUACUGUCUCUGUCACGGCAACUGUCACAGCUCCACCAAUUGCUAGGCCUGAAUUACUUCAUUCUGAUAUCACACAUGUGCGACAAGGGACAGAUUCAUCUUCAAGGUCUAGCACUCUAAGGCGCAGUGAUAUGACUCCUAGACCUGACUCAAGCCAUCGACCAGAGGGAGUUCGUAGGGCAGACAUAAAUCAUCGGCCUGAUACUUUUCAGUGGACAGAAGCUCCUCACAGGUCUGAUGCUGGUCAUCGAUCUGAUGGAGUCCAUGGCUCUGAAACUGUUCAUUCUUCAGAACCUAAUCAGCGGUCUGAUGCUGGUCAUCGACCUGAUACUAGUCAUAGAAUUGAGGCAAACCUCAGAUUCGAUAAUGUUCAUGGGGCUGAAAAUACUUCUCGAACGGAAGUAAUUCAUCAUGCUGAAUUUUUACGAAGUGAUGGAAAUCACCGUCCAGAUAUAAUUCAUAGAAAAGAAAAUACUCAACACCUCAGUCAUGUUCAUGUGGAUGACCGCUCGGGCCUAAGACCUGAAACUCAUCAUAGACAUGAGUUUGCUCACAGAGAUUUAAGUCAUCGGGAAAACCUAUGGAGGCAAGAUGACCCCAUCAGAGGAGAGGAUAGAAGAUUACCUUCUACACCCCUUCCUGAGAAUUCUCAUUCCUUACCUCCUCAUCAUUCUCAUGGUAUUCAUCAUCAAGUUCAUGGUGGUGGGCAAACGCAUCUUUCUCAUUCAUAUGGACGUCAACACCUGGCUCCAGGGCCUGUAUUAGAAAUGCCUGGUCAAGAUUUGGACCAAAAGGAGAGAAAAGGAAUAUCUUCAAAAUCUGUUAUUCCUCAUUUAACUAAUGUUCCAAAAUCUGGAACUGGUGUCUAUGAAGAUGCAUUUCACCCAGCACCAGUGGAUGUUCCACAUCUUCACAUUGCAACACUACGAAGAGGCAAACAUCUUGGGAUGAGCAGUAAUGGAAUGGGUACACUCAGGAGAAAUCCUGUUCCAGUUGCCACUCCAACACCUAAGAUAACCCCAUCUCAGUCAUUACUAAGUGAUGGAACUUCAUCACCUGCUUGUGCUAUGUCUAUGUCUACGACCAUAACUGUUCCGCCUCCUGUAAUACCACAAGUGGAACCUCAGCAUAAUAAGGCGAUUGCAAGUGCCUCACCUAACGCCGCCGUAGUUGCAGCGCUAGUUGCUGCCUCUCCACCAAGAUGCACAUGUCCUAAGGCUGCCAGCCCUCGAUGCACUUGUCCAGGAAGCUGCCAUAGCAGCAUCAUGAGUUUACCAGUCAAUGACCCUUCUCUACCACAAAACAGUAAUUUAUCGUUGGCCCAAGGUGGACUUGAUGAUAAUGACGACUACCGCAGUGAAUGUGAAAACUGCAAGAGCACACACAGUUCUAACUAUUACCUAGAUGCAGAGGAUCCUGAGCCAGAGAUUACAAUGACUUUGCAUCGCAAGCCUACUGACACAAGUGAAGAGAAUGGGAAUGGAUACUAUCGAACAAGUCUAACUCUGCCUACUCGUCACAGGCCAGUACCACUGCAUGGUGUUGGGGCAAGAGACAAUUGGUUCAGUAGUAUGCCAGAAACUUCAUCCGAUGAUGAGUCCGAUGAAGAAUAGAUACUGAAUAUCUCUUUACUUUCGUGUUUUCUUUUAAAAAGUUUUUUGUGAUGUCACUCUUAUUAUUUCAGGUAGAAUGGAAUGUUACUUUACCCCUGGUGCUAAGGUUUAAUUUGCCAAAUUUUUGCACAACAUGAAUUUUAAGCAAGUUACAAUGCUGAGUUACUUUAUCCUGGAUUUCUGUCCUGUAUUAUUAAUAUCAUGCCUCUAAGCUCAUGCUGGUAAUGAGUCAAAGUGUAGUGACUGAUUAAUUUACUCUAUCUUGGCAAGUAUCUGUGCUCACCUUAAAAAUCAAAAUGUGUCACAUGGACCGAAAAGCUAUGACCUCAAACUGUGUGAUUCUAGUAAUUAUGUCCAUUUUAUUCUUGGGUCAGUUUGAUCCUGAAUUGCAGUGUUUAGAUUUAUCUGUUCACUUGAUUUCUGGGUUUGUUUUAACACCUUGAGUCCAAGAGAAAUUUACAGUGGUGGUGUUUACCAGCAAAGCAUCGCCAACAUGUGCCCAUGCGAGACUAAACGUGUUUAACAUUGUACAAUUUCUAGACAUCCUUUAAAUAUAUUCUCAAAGUGACGUAGUAUUAUUAUUGUCUCAUGUAAAUAAUCAACUUGAAUAGAAGAAUCAUUCCUACUUACUGUAAGCAAUUGAGACCGUCUAAAUAAUUCCGUCAGAAUCCAUUCAUUUACUGUGCAGAGUGGAAUAUUUCUUAUAAUUGCCUUAAUUAAAACCUGAUAUUUUUCCAAAAACAAAGUUGGAGUAGUGGAAGAAAGUUUCAGUUGACUUUUCCAAUAAGUCUUAUAAGAUCUGGAAGUAUGUAAUUUCUUUUGACUGUCAUAAGCAAAGCAAGCAGUGGCCUAUGAGUGGACCUCCAACCUAAUAUUAUUGUUCACGUAUUUCUACUCUGUAACCUUAACUCAUCAUUAACCUGACCUGUGAUACAACUAAUCCUGUGAAGUAGCUGCUAUGAUUUCUUGCUAACAUUUGCUCAUGAAGUUGCACUAUGUCAUGUUAGAUAUUUUACUUGUUCUUGUAAUGAAUUGUCAAACUAUCAUUUUUGUUGCAUGUUUGAAACAAUUCUUUUCUUCUGUGAUCAUGUGUUUAGUUUUACCGUCAGCUUAUUUGUUAAUUGAUUGUUAUUUCAAUUUCAAUUUAUUUUGUUACUGGGUUUAGGAAAGAGUUGAAUGUGCAAGGCACCUACAGCCUACAGCAAAAAAGCCUCUUACCGGUUAUGUAUUAUCUGGGAAGCUGUGAAGGUGGAUUUUGCCUCUUAAGGUUGAGGUAGGGUAGCAGCCAAGGCCAAUCACAUGGUUCCAAAACCAUUAUUUGGAGCCAAAGAGUCAAAGAAAUGUAUGCCUUAUGCCACGUCUUUUAUGAGACUUAAUCUACCUUAAAGCAUUUAUUCUGUUUUGUUUAUUUUUCUGUUGCCUUUUUUCUUUCAUUUUAUAGGUCAAUAUUGUUUCCUUUAUCUUGCUGAGACUGCGGGAGAAAUGAUGUUGUGGGAAAGAAAUGUGCCAAAGAAUUUUAAUGUCAGUUUUGCAAGCUAGGUAUAGCAAAAAGUAAAAUGGAGUAGGAAACAGUAAUCAUAAUCUAAUCAGUCAUUAGUAUCUUGGUCUCAUGACACAUGUGUUCACUAAAUAGCCAGUAUUACCAAUAAAUAUUUUAUGACAUGAACCAUUGGUUCUGCAAUGUCAAUCUUCUGUGUGUGCUUGUAAAAUGUAAUAUGUCUUUGACAGUUUUAUUUGGUACUGAUUUAGGGUACCAAUAAUUUCAUCCUUCUGAUAACUUCAUUGCACUUUAAAUCUGCAUUGUUGUGAUGUCCAUGUUCACAAAUUUGAGCUUUAUUUUUAGUUUCCUUUCCUUUUCUUUUGAGAAGUUUUGUCUUGUGCAAAGUUAAAUUCCAAUUUCAAAUCUGAUACUUACUUUGAGUUUCUUAUGUUGAGGUCUGCAUGAUGGUUCUAAACAGUGUUAUGCAUCUUGACUAAGACCAAUUUAGCCUUAUAUGCUAUUUAGCCAUUGCUUUUACGUAAUUGAAAAUUCUCUAACUGAAGUUUUCCUUUGGGACAGGAGUUUUAAAAAUAUCUAUCUAUUCUUCAUGUGUGUGUUGAUGUGUUCUAUCGUGUAAGGGACCAGCCACCAAACAAAAAUGAUAAUCUAUCUAAUGAAUUUCUUAAAUAUGGAAAUGAGUGUUAGAAAUAAAAGCUUUACCUCUUGAGGGAGUUACAGCAAGAGCAAGUGUGGUGAAGCAAAGAGUUUCAUUCUUUAGGGUCUGGCUAGUGCUUUGUAAUGGCAUCUGGGAUUUUGCUCAUUGUUAUGAGUAAAUUGAAUUGUCAAAUUCAUCUUUUUCUUGCUAAAAUAUUUUAAUCCAAUCAAAAAUGUUUAUUUAUUUCUGGAUGUAAUUUCUUGUUUUGUUUUAUUUUUUGCGCUAUUGUGAUCAAUGCUGGUUUAGGCCUAUGUCUGUAUAAUUUUUUUUUUAUAUAUACCCUAAUAUUGUGCUCUAGAAUCAUUUCAUGAGUUUAUCCAUGAUAACUAUGUGCUUUUUGGUCGUGUUUUUCAUGAUGCUAAUGCACUAUUGUCAUUUUUCUCUGUGAUAUUUAUUUCAUUCCUGUAGCUAUUUAUUUACAUACCCACCAGACACAUCCAUUCCAUUGUGUAACAUUUUAGAAGAAAAUAUAACACUCAGAGGCAGUUCAAUCUUGUUUCUGUGUGUGAAAAAUGCAUGUCUAAUUCUAUUUUAUAAUUUAACAGACAUUUUGUUUUUGUUUGAUCUCUACUUCCUUGUCCAAAAUGAGAUGGAAGUUUUUCAAAGUGAGGACUUACAAUAUUUUAUGUUUGUUCAAAAGAACUCCAAACUAUAUUAGAUUUUCUUACUGUACUGUCGACAAUCUCAUUUGAGAUCAUAUCAGAGUUGGAAAUUUGAGGAACACAAAGGGGCCCCUCAUCUCUGUCUCAAGGCCUAGUGUAGUCAAGUUAUGAUUUUUACUCAUGGAUGGUCUGGAUUGUUUUGUGUCAUACAUUGGUCAUCAUUUGCUCAUGCUUGUAUUUUCCAUUUUAAAUCAAUGUAAAUAGAUGCACCUCCAAUGCUUAUGUGGAAUGCAAUAUUACCAAAGAUGAAUGUUUCUUAUGAUUUGUGUGUGUACGUAAGUUAAUGCAGCAAGUUGCAGUGUAUUGUACUGUAUUGCAUUGCAUUGCAUUGCAUUACAAAAGAUUGUUCGUUAAAAUUUUGUGUGUCCUUUUAUUAUGUGUAAAUGAUAACAAAACCUGACAUAAGUCUAUGCUAAUCUUUUGUUCUGUAUCAAAAUAAAUGACUUGUUAACAAAAA